GUUAUCUAAUCCCUACUGGAGAUAUGGCAGACACAAAGGUUUGGUUUAUUACUGGCGCAUCGUCGGGGUUCGGGAGAUCAAUGACUGAACUAUUGCUCAACAAGGGCGACAAUGUCAUAGCGACACUUCGCAAUCCUGAUGCUUUAUCAGAUUUAUCAGCACAAUUCUCAUCGUCCCAGCUCUUAGUCAUUCAGCUUGACGUGACGAACAGCGCGGGAGUAUCAGCUGCGUUUGCAAAAGCAAAAGAAGCUUUUGGAAGGAUCGAUGUUGUGUUUAAUAAUGCAGGUCAAAGUGUAAUGGGAGAGCUUGAGUCCGCAAGCGAGGAAGAGGCCCGUCUGAUGUUCGAAGUGAAUUUCUGGGGUGCUAUGCAUGUGAGCAAGGAAGCGGUGAAGUUCUUCCGAGAAGUGAACAAGCCAAUUGGUGGGAGACUGCUACAAGUCUCGUCAAGGUUGGGAUUGGUAGGCGGCGCUGCGGCUGCCUUCUACAGUGCAUCAAAAUUUGCACUGGAAGGCCUAAGCGAGUCUUUGGCAAAAGAACUUGAUCCCGCAUGGAAUAUAAAGGUCACAAUAAUCGAGCCAGGUCCAUUCCGUACCAAGAUAUUCAAGGAUAACCUACGCCUAGCUCCCCAGCACCCUGCGUACGACAAUCCCAGCUUGCCCGGUUCCCAGUAUCGACAAUUCGUCGCGUUGGGCAAUAUCGAUGGAGAUGCAGACAAGGCAGUGGUAGCCAUUGAGAAGUUGACCCACCUCGAUGAUGUUCCUAUGCGCCUGCCACUGCACAGAAGGGUCGUUGUUGGAGCAAGGGAAAAAAUCAAGAGCCUGACUGAGGAAGUGGAUAAGUUUGAAAGUUGGUCUGAAGAUCUUUACCAUUAA